GCUGCUGCUGCUGCUCCAGAAAAGAAGAGCCCCGAGGCGCGCAGCAUCAUCGUCGCCAGCAGCUGCUGCUCUGCUGCCCCUGCCGUUGCGCUGCGAGACGAGGAGAGGAGAGGAGAGGAGAGGAGCAGGCGAGGGCGCGGAGCAUUGGUUGGAGCUGGAAAGAAGAAAGGCGGAGCUGGAAAUGCUCGAAUGCUCGCCGCGUAGAGGAUUGUCGAUUGCAGGUGCUCGUUGAUGAAGUUUGGGCCCGAUCCCCGUGGUCGGCAAAGAAUGUGAUAUCGACCGAAUCUUGCUGCUUGCUCUCGCCUAGAGGAUGAGGAAGCCCAAGGAUUCCGUCGCUAGCGAACCGUGAGGUGAGUGGAUUUUUCGAAGGGCUUUGCAAGCGGUCGGGAUUUGUGGCAGCGAGGUUCGGCGGGGCUUGAUAUUUAGGACGUCGGGUUGCGCCGAGAGCUGGGAGUUUGGGUGGGGAGAAGCUCAGGCGAAGGAAAAGGCGAGGAGCGGCGGGAGUGGGCAGCUGAGUGAGUGGAGGGUGUUUGGGGAGCGAGGGAAUUGGAAAGAAUGUCUGGCACAGGGAGAAUAAGGGUGAAUGGGGAGAAGGUUGGGAAGCGAGAAUGGAGUGGGACAUGGCAGUUGCUGUGCCUGGCGUUGAUGUUGGCAACAGGGGCGUGGAUAUCACUUGUGUUCUCGGCCAAGAAUCAGUGUGCACCGAGCCAUACACCUUGGCAGGGGCCGCCAUCGGCGUUCGGGUGGUCGGACAGUCCAGGGGAUGUCGCGGUCGACACCCAAGGCAGCGUUACAGCCAUUCAAAAAAAGAAAGCGGUGGAAAAUGGGACCCGGAUGGGUGCCGGAUCGUUGUCGAUCAAGCAGUUGGUCUUUGGGAUUGCCGGAUCAGCGCAGCUCUGGCCCAAGCGCCAGGAGUUUAUCAAGCUCUGGUGGCGCCCUAAUGACAUGCGAGGUUAUGUUUGGCUCGAAGAACCCGUGCCUGAGGUCCCCGGUGUGAAUCUGCCUCCUGUUCUGGUCUCGGAAGACACUUCUAGGUUUACGUAUACCCAUGCCCUAGGACAUCCCUCUGGAAUUCGAAUUUCCAGAGUCGUCUCCGAGACCUUCAGGCUCCGUUUGCCCAAUGUAAAGUGGUUCGUAAUGGGGGAUGAUGACACUCUGUUCAACGUGGACAAUUUAGUGCAGAUGUUGAGCAAGUACGAUCCCUCGGAAAUGUGGUACAUUGGGAAUCCGUCCGAGAGUCAUCGACAGAACGAUCAUUUCAGCAGCACCAUGGCUUAUGGCGGGGGAGGAUUCGCAAUAAGCUACCCUCUCGCAGCGGCCAUAAGUGAAAUACAGGACAGCUGUAUGGAACGUUACCCGCAGCUGUUCGGGAGUGACGAUCGUCUACAUGCCUGCAUUACGGAGCUGGGCGUGCCCCUCACCAAAGAGCCUGGGUUCCAUCAGUUCGACAUUAUUGGAAAUGCAUUUGGAUUGCUUGCAGCGCAUCCAGUUGCCCCUUUUCUCUCAAUGCACCAUCUGCAGUUGAUAAGGCCUCUGUUCCCCGGUAGGACUGCUCUGGACGGCCUCCGACAUAUAAGCAAGGCAAUGAAGACCGAACCAACGAGCUUUUUACAGCAGACGAUCUGUUACGACCGGAAGCGGAGCCUAUCGUUUUCUAUCUCCAAUGGAUUUGUUGUUCAAGUAUUUCCCCAAAUUAUUUUGCCGCGGAUGUUGCAGCGGCCCUUGAGAACUUUCUCAGCUUGGAACCGUGUGAGUGAACCUCUUGAGUUCACAUUUGAUACACGGCCUGUACCCAAGUCCAUAUGCAAGCAUCCCCUUAGAUUUUUCCUCGAUGACAUGAUAUACGAUCAUGACAAGGAUGUUACGAUUGGACUCUACAAAAGACAGAUUGCUAUCGAUAAGCGGAAAAAGUCAGGGCUGUGCUGGCCAUCUGCAUUAGCUCCGGAUCAAGUCACUCACAUCAGAGUCGUCAGUCAUGCACUACCUGAUCACUGGUUUCAUGUCCCGAGGAGACAAUGCGCCCAUUUGACCGGGAUUGUAGAUAAGGUCUUAGGUAUUUCAGUGGAGCCCUGCCAACCAGGUGAACUUAUUCCUAAGUAGAACUAUUGAAUGAAGUGUAGUUUAGUUCUGAUCUUCCAGGCUUUUUGCUGAGAGGCAGUUCACAUAGCCAGGAACAUUUUGAAAGGAGGGUUGCGUACAGUGGCUGGCUGCCUCUAGUGAGAAAGAUAAUGGCACUGUUCGACAGCAAAUCGUGUUGGGGAUCAUUGAAUUUCUCGACGCGCCCUGCUGAUCUGCUGAUGGAAACUUCAACUCGCCAGCGAGAGAACGACGCACAUCAUUGCAGUUGUAGGCCUCUACAGGCCGGGAGCAAAAUACCGCAAAUGAGAUGCUUACAGGGGCCGUGUUUUGAUGUAGAUUACGAGGAGUUGAGGUUCCAUAAUAUGUUUCACUGAUCCUUCUUAAGAUCCAGUAAUUUAUCUGGUGAAGGUUUUAGGAUUGUUAAAGAGCUCAGUAGUAGUUUCUCUGAUGCUCGCCAACGAAAGGUAACAAAGAAGUCGGUAUAAAUCCAGCACACCAUUGUGUGCCAGUCUAGGGUGCAUAUUUACGGGAAAUUCUUUGCCCCCCUUGUCCUUGGGGGUGCCAUAUCUGACAAUUAGUUUCCUCAGCUCUCUGCCUCAUAGAGUUAGAAGCGUAGAAGUGGGGGAUGCCUCCGGAAGUGAAGUCAUCAUGUACUCUAAGUUUUGAUCAAUUUAUUGCGUUUGUCCAAUCCAUUCUCGCCUCCGUCAUGUUUUUUUCACUCGAGAAGACCUUGACAGGCUUGG